AUGACGGAGAUCGAAAUGGAACUCGAUAUGGCCAAGUCGGGCUUCGACGGCCGAAACGAAGACGAUAUGAUCGAUUUUGACACCGAAAUGGCAGACUCAGCCCAAGAUUUGGAGAAGUUGGAUGGUAAUCUCGAAGGUGUGGAUAGAGAGAUGGAUGAAGACGAGGAUGUUAUGAACCACCACACGUAUGAGACGAACGGAAUGAUGGGCGAAGAUGUUGAAUUUGACCUUCACGAUGUCGACGAUACAGCACAUAGUUCAGAACCUGUGGAUUAUGAAGUCAGCGAGGCCCCCGAGCUUCAAAAGCAAGAACCUGCUGUUAUAGCACAAUCGUCCAACGAGGAAGAGCAAGAAUACGAUAGUAACCCUAGGGAUCCGAACGAAACAACCACCCAGAGAGACGAUAUUCCGGAUGACGGCGCAUCUACACAUGAAAUCGAUUACGAAUUUGAAGAAGACGCAGAACUUGACAAGCCUCAACAAGAUGUGACUACCGAGACGGCAAAUCAGCCAACAGAUUCCGGGGAAGAGCAGGCAACCGAUCUUGCUGCAAGCCACAAAAUCCAGGAACCUGGCGAUAGCACCCCUGUACCCGAACAAGACGCAGCCGAGCAAGUCCUGGAGGAAAAACAUGCCUCUAGCAGUCAUGCCGACCAAGACGAAUUUCUGGAUCCACAGGAAGUGCCGGCUGAACAUGAGGGGUCCGUAUUUGAAAACGUUGAGGCCGCGGACUUAGCCGUGGAUGACCAUGAGCAGGUAGAUGCUUCUAACAGUAACCAAGAGUUCUACGAAGAAGAGCAUACAGUCAGUCAUGAAGAGGUCAUAGCUCCAGGAACAGAACAAGAUCUCGAAACUAUUGGCGAAGUCAAAGUCACAGAAGAUGAUGGUUAUGAAGUGGGAGAAGAUGAACACAAUGAAGACCAAUUGAUCGACCCCCAACAUGCAGAACUUUCCGCUUCUGAUGACGACUUGAACGGGAAGCCCAAUGACGAGUUUCCCGCUAUCACGGUACAGUAUAAGGGAGACGAGUUCCCCAUGUUUUCUACCACCACCAACAGCUUUUUUGCCGACACAUCGGUUUUAGAUCAGCCACUUGAGGAAUUACUGGCUGGUCUCCGAACCGAACUGGAAAACGAGAUUGCCGCGGAUGACGACUUGGUACUCCAGGUCGACGAGCUCGGCCUCGAACUUUCAGAGGCAACACAAGGCGAACUCAUGACAAAUGUUACUUUUCGCCAAGUUCUUGAGAUUUUUGAUCUUCUUGUCAAGAACCAAGACCCUGACAGUUCACGGAUCAUGUAUACUUAUCUCUUUACUAAACCCAACGCAGAGAAGCGCCUCGAAUCUCUCUUUAAGAGUACUACGGCAGGCAAGGGCCUUGACGAAGUUAUUCACCUUUUCGAGACUCCUAUGACGGUUGACACGGGCAUGCUUGAAACAGCUGCGACAAUCGAUGGUGUCCAUGAAGAGCUGGACGAAUUCGACAGCCCGGUUGACGAAAACGCCGGUGACGGAGAGAAUGGCAACGAUCACCACGAUGAGGAAGGGGAGGCAGAGGAGGCAGAGGAAACAGAGGAGGAAGGGGAGGCAGAGGCAGAAGUCGACGAUGAAUAUUCAGCAAAAGAACAUGCGAAUCUUGACACUGCUAUUCUUGAGGUCCAAGAAGCGGCCAGCCAUGAGGGUGCUGGUCCGGACGACAAAGAAAUUACUACUGAAACUCAAGUUGCAACACCAGCUAGUGCUUCGAUCAAUGCCGAGGCACUACUGGAAGUCAUCGAAGAACCUAAUGCGGUUAUCGAGAACGAAGGCCAUGAACAAAACGGUAAAACAACCUCACCCUCCACCAGUUUCAUUUGUUGCUACCACCCCGACUUCUGUCUCUGUGAACCUUGUGUCUCGGGGUAUGUUGAGAAGCAUAACCGAGAAGAAAGGGAAUACCGGCAAUCCCUGAAGGCCAAUCACGGACUCGUUUACGAUCAACAGCCUAAUAGGCUAACCCCCAAUUCCUUUCCUUACAAACAUGCACACUCUAUAUCCGACUUCAGCACAACCUUUUCUUUCAAUGAUACUGACGAAUUUUAUCCAGCGCAUGCUGAAAGUGAUGCCGACCCAUUUGCCAAUUUCGAUCUGGACGACGAUGCUGAGGUGAACGACAACGUGGUUGCCGAAGCCACCGAAGAGAUUGAAGAGACUGAAGAAGGUGGUUUCGGCGAACCUGAGGUCACCAGUGCCCAGACCAAUGGCACAAGCACCACUACCACGCUGCAGGAAGAGGAGGACGCUGCGUUUUUCAACAUCGACCUUGGCGAAGUUUCUACUGAAGCUGAAGCAACUGGCAAGGCCAACACUGGAGAGAACGACCUGGACGAAAUCGAUUGGAGGGACGAGCCUGAGGCAGAUGAUCAAGAGCCAACCACACCCUCUGCCGCUGGUAAGCGAUCCCGCGGGGAUGACGAUGAACACGAUGCGGAAGUUGAGCAAGAUGCCAAACGUCGCCGUCCUUGA